UUGGAAAUGAUGUUAAAAGUGGAUUAAGCAAUGGCAAAAAACUCCAUACUAAUAUCUGUAGGAAACUGUAUUUUUCUCUAAGAAAAUAGAAUGUAUGUCAGUUAGUAGUUAUUAAACACGAUUAAGACACUGGUUAUUCAGAUUUUAGAGGAAAAAGUAGAACAAACAAAAAAUGAAGUUUUGAAUUCCCUAAAAUAAGACUAAUUAAUUUCUCACUAGCCAAUUUUCCCGCCAAGCCUCAUAAAACAGAGCAAGUAGAGUAACGAACUCUUAAUUUGUCCGCCUUGACAACUAUGAACAGAUGCUCACUCCUAAGGAAGCUACUUAACCUUCGAAAGAGUCCAUAAAAACUCACAAUCUCGUUUUCUCAGAACAAACGGAACAGCUCUUUAACUUAAAAAAAAACAAACAGUAUGUCGUACGGGUACGACGAUGAUUCCAAGAGAAAGAAGAGGUAUGUUAUUAUCUCAAUCUCCUCAGUUCUUCUAAUCUCCAUGGUCGUCGCCGUUACCGUCGGUGUCAACCUCAACAAGCACGAUGGUAAAGGUGACUCUGAAAGUAACGGGCAGAUAACGGCUUCAGUCAAGGCCGUCAAGGACAUAUGUGCACCAACGGAUUACAAAAAGACUUGUGAAUAUAGUCUCAUCAAGAACGGGAAUAACACGACCGACCCGAUGGAGUUGGUUAAGACAGCGUUCAGUGUUACGAUGAAGCAGAUCACCGACGCGGCUAAGAAGUCUCAGACGAUUAUCGAUCUUCAGAAGGAUCCGAGGACGAGGAUGGCGCUUGAUCAGUGCAAGGAGCUGAUGGAUUACGCGUUGGGAGAGCUUAGUAACUCCUUUGAGGAGCUAGGGAAGCUUGAGUUCCACAAGCUCGACGAGGUUUUGAUCAAUCUGAGGAUUUGGCUCAGCGCGGCGAUAAGCCACGAGGAAACUUGCCUUGAAGGGUUUCAAGGCACGCAAGGGAAUGCUGGAGAGACCAUGAAGAAAGCCUUGAAGACGGCUAUCGAGUUGACACACAACGGGCUAGCGAUCAUCAGCGAAAUGUCGAAUUUCGUGGGGCAAAUUGAUAUUCCUGGGCUGAACAGCUGCCGGCUUUUGGCCCAGGAAAUUCCCUCGUGGGUGAACCAGCGAGGGCGUAGGCUCUUGCAGGCUGCUUCCGAGUACUCCGACGCAAAGCCUGAUAUUGUUGUGGCUCAGGACGGGAGCGGUCAGUAUGCAACGAUCAACGACGCGUUGAAGCACGUUCCAAAGAAGAAGAACACGACUUUUGUAGUUCACAUUAAGGCUGGAAUCUACAAGGAGUACGUUCAAGUCAACAAGAGCAUGACUCAUCUCGUGUUCAUCGGCGAUGGUCCCGAGAAAACCAUCAUUUCCGGUAGCAAAAAUUACAAGGACGGUAUCACUACCUACCGUACCGCCACUGUUGCCAUCGUUGGAGACUACUUCAUUGCCAAGAACAUAGGGUUUGUAAACACUGCCGGGGCAAUCAAACAUCAAGCUGUUGCAAUAAGGGUUCAAUCAGAUGAGUCCAUAUUUUUCAACUGUAGAUUCGAUGGUUACCAAGACACGCUCUACGCUCACUCCCACCGUCAGUUUUACCGUGAUUGUACCAUCUCAGGCACCAUUGAUUUCCUCUUUGGAGACGCGGCUGCUGUUUUCCAGAACUGCACUUUGUUGGUGAGGAAGCCACUUCCGAACCAGGCAUGUCCGAUCACAGCUCACGGUCGCAAAGACGUGAGGGAAUCAACAGGAUUUGUGUUCCAAGGUUGCACGAUUGCCGGCGAACCGGAUUACUUGGCAGUCAAGGAAACUAGCAAAGCCUAUCUUGGAAGGCCAUGGAAAGAGUAUUCAAGGACUAUUAUCAUGAACACUUUCAUACCAGAUUUUAUCCAGCCACAAGGAUGGCAACCAUGGCUUGGAAACUUCGGCCUCGACACAUUGUUCUACUCUGAAGUACAGAACACAGGACCUGGAGCAGCCCUUGCAAACCGGGUUACUUGGCCCGGUAUUAAGACACUGAGCAACGAAGAGAUCCUUAAGUUCACACCGGAUCAGUACAUUCAAGGUGAUGUUUGGGUUCAUGGCAAAGGUGUACCGUACACUCCUGGCCUCUUGGCUGCUAACCCUAAUGCUGCAACCACAAUCCCCAGCAACUCAGCUGCUCCAGGUUUCUCCUCCUUCACGGAUACAAGUGGUGCUGGCUCAGUUUCUCCAGCAGCUUCCCCGCAAGGGUCUAUUAAGAUGGUUUCAAAGUCUAACUAGAAAGAUCGAUUAAGAUGCCAUAUAAUGUGCUUAUUUCCUACUCUAAUUCAAGACAAUCUGGAAACAAAAAAACAUUUGCACAAACUUGAGGAAUUCAGCAUUAUUGAUCUACCAAAUUGUUGAGAUUAAACUCAUGUUUGAUAUCACAGUAUUUUAAAGAUGUUGUGUAUAAAUCUUAAUUAUAACAAUGAUUAUGUAGAAAUAGUUUAGAUAAAUUAAUUUUCUUUUACUUAUGUAUCCUAAACGAAAUUAAAACCUGCAAAUCGAAUUGGAGAUAAUAGCUUAUUUAUUUUGUAUGAAACACAAUGUUUAAGAAAAAUAUACACUUAUUUUCGCUGAUACAAAUCGUAAAAGUGCUAUGCAAAAAAGUAAUAUAGAGGUCACUCAAUGUUAUUCAGAAUGUGAUUCAUUAAAUUCAUUUCACCAUAUCACAUACUCCUCCAUACAUGAUACAUUUAUCAAUUUAUGAAUCAGGACAAGAUUAUGAAAAUAGAAAUUCAUAAAUUAUUACUAUAACGUAACUUGCACCCCCCAUGCAUGAAGGCAUAAAUAGUGAAACCAAAUUGCUUUCACCAAAAAAUAAGUUAUGAUUAUCUUUCUUUCAUAGAAGAAAGAUGACAUUUUCAGGAAACAGAAGUAGUUACACCUAACUUCAUUUACUUCUGCUGCAUUCACUUCAUUUCCGCACUUUCAUCUUUGUUUUUUUCGCACUUUCAUCUUUUACUCAUCUCAUUGCUAGAAUUCAAAUACAUGAUCCGGUCAACCUCCCUCCAGAUGUUCUCCACUUUAUAUUUUUCUCGAUGAUCUAUCUGAUUCUUAUUCAAUUCUAACAAUCCAACUAGUGGUGGAAUUAGAUAAAAUCACCAAACGAAAGACUUGUUAUCUCCACUUUAAACCUGGUCUCUAAGAUGCAGUGAUCAAAUCAGCGGAAAAGAAAAGAGCAUAUAUUUUCUUACAAAAUGUGUCAGACAGUAAGUGUCCGUCCUUGCAUUCUUCGAAUUCUACGCUAGCUUUUUCAAAAGAAAAAUCCAUAAAUUUCGACAUAUUAAUCAAAUUAAGCUGAUGAGUAGAUCUGAAAAAAAACCAACAUUUAAUUUGGAUACACAAUUUACUCUAUUCUAGGUUGAUAUAGAAAAUAUUUUAUUUUGGGUUAACAUACAAAUUGUGGCAAAUAAAGGAAAGUGGCUUCUGCAAGGCAGUUUUGCAUGCACGCCUAGUCUCAACCACCUACAUCUCUACGCUUUACUUCUCUCUUUCACCAAUUGGGAAGGACUCUUCUUUUGAGAAGCUCAACAUUAUAACAUGUCUCCUUUCUUUAGUAUUUUUUCAGACAAAUUUUAAAUUGUUUUCAAUUAUACACAUGAAUUUCGAUAAUCUUGAGGAGAAAAGGUUAUUUAAUUAUCUUUUAUUUUCAUUUGUAAUGACUUUUGACAUUGGUAAGUAUACAGCUAGGUAGACUAACUGGAAUAUAAUGUGUCACUCAAUUGUUGUAGUUUUGAUUUUAUUAUUUAAAAUAGUAUUUACCUCACAGAUUUCAAGUAAUCUCAAGACAUGCAAUCAAUCGUGUAAAUACUAAUUUAUACAGGCUUUUCAACUUGUCACAGUUAAUAUAUAAGCAUAUUUCAAUGGCACUGCAAUCUAAAAAAAGUAGGUAAAAGAGUUUAGCAACAGAACUAAAGUAAUUUCAUUUAAGUUCUCUAUUUAUAUCACAACAAAAACUACUCUCCUACACAUUCAUGGAUCCAACAAAAAAUAGAGGAGAAAUGGAGGGAAUCGAUCAUAGGAUGGUGAGCGUCAAUGGCAUCACGAUGCACAUUGCCGAGAAAGGUCCCAAAGAAGGAACCGUGGUGCUUCUCCUCCACGGAUUCCCUGAUCUCUGGUACACUUGGCGUCACCAGAUCACUGCGUUAUCAUCUCUAGGUCACCGAGCCGUAGCUCCAGACCUCCGAGGCUACGGAGAGUCUGACUCGCCGGAGUGUUUCUCAGAGUACACGUGUCUUCACCUCGUGGGUGACCUCGUGGCUCUUAUUGACAGUGUUUCUGGAGAUCAAGAGAAGGUGUUUCUGGUGGGUCAUGACUGGGGGGCUAUUGUCGGAUGGUAUCUCUGUUUGUUCCGACCGGAGAAGAUUAAGGGUUUUGUGUGUUUGAGUGUGCCUUAUAAGCCAAGAAACCCUAAGGUCAAGCCUGUUGAAGG